GGCAUUGAUAACGUACACUAACGCGCGUGCAUGCCUUGCCUAUAAAACCCACCCAACUUCUGGACCUUAAAACGCAAUACGUACAGCGUCUCCAAUGGCUGUAGUUGGGUAUGCAGUGAUAGUACUUCUCUGCUUCCUUUUUUUCCGCCAUUGGAAACGCAGCAAAAACUCCCCCAUCACGAACUGGCCUGUUGUAGGAAUGGUUCCGGGGCUUCUUCGCAAUGCUUCAAAUGUGUACGAGUGCUCAAACCGUGUUCUAAAGCAUUAUGGGGGCACUGUCGAGGUUAAGGGCCCAUGGUUUGCUGGCAUGGACUUCAUCGUCACCAGUGAUCCCAUGAACGUCCACCACAUUCUGAGCAAAAACUUUGUCAACUACGAAAAAGGGUCCGAGAUCCGGGAGAUUUUGGAGCCCUUGGGAGAUGGGCUCAUCAAUUCUGAUUCGGAUUGGUGGGAAUAUCAGAGAAAGAUGGCGCAUUCAUUAAUAAAAAACAGCAAGUUCGAGCUGUUCUUGGAGAAACUUGUUCGACAGAAGGCGGUGAAUGGUCUGAUCCCGGUUCUCGAUCAUAUCUCCGAGCUAGAGAUAGAGGUGGAUUUACAAGAAGUUUUUAAGCGCUUCACGUUCGAUAAUAGUUGCUUGAUGGUUCUAGGCUUUGAUCCAACUUCCCUUUCUGUUGACUUCCCAAAACGUACGUAUGCAAAGGCAUUCGAUGAAAUAGAAGAGGCAACUUUAUAUCGACACAUCCUGCCAAGGUGGUGUUGGAAGUUGCAGAGAUGGCUUCAGCUCGGACAAGAGAAGAAGCUGCGGAAAGCUUGGGAAACCUUUGAUGGAUUCUUAUACCACUGCAUCUCAUCAAAGCGAGAAGAAUUAAGCCGAUGCAGCAGAACCCAAUUGGAGGAAGCUGGGGAGUUCGACUUGUUGACAGCUUAUAUGAUGCAGGCGGAGAAAGGACACAUAGGAGGUAGUUUUGGUGAAUCCAACAAAUUUUUAAGGGACACCGCAAUGAAUCUCAUGGCAGCCGGGAGUGACACCAUGGGUACGGCUCUCUCUUGGUUUUUCUGGCUUGUUGCAACGCAUCCAUCGGUGGAAAUGAAGAUUCUAGAGGAGAUGAAAGAGAUUAAUAUUGCCGCGAAAGAUGACAAGAAGUGGGAUAGCUUUGGCAAACAAGAGCUAGACAGACAGGUUUAUCUCCAUGCAGCCUUGUGUGAGGCAUUACGGCUAUACCCGGUGGUGGCUUUCGAUCCCAGAACCGCAACCGGAGAAGAUACUCUUCCGAGCGGCCACCAUAUCGGUCGGAAUACAAAGAUCAUAAUUUUCAUUUAUGCAAUAGGAAGGAUGGAAGAAAUAUGGGGCGAAGAUUGCUUGCAGUACAAGCCGGAGAGAUGGAUCUCGGAGCAAGGAGGAAUCAUAUCCGUACCAUCUUACAAGUUCUCGGCGUUUGGCGGGGGGCCAAGGAGUUGUUUGGGUAAGGCCAUGGCUUUCAUUCAGAUGAAAAUUGUUGCAACCGCCAUUCUAUGGAAUUACCAUGUUCAAGUGGUUGAAGGCCAUCCUGUUUUGCCAAGUGUUUCUGUCGUACUUCACAUGAAACAUGGUCUCAAGGUUAGGAUCACCAAAAGAAGUUUUUGAUGGAGAUGAUCAGCUGAUGUUAUCCUCAAAUGUAAGAGCAUUCACAAUGUAUGGAUUCUAAUCUAUGUAUGAAAUAUAAGUUGAAUCAUGUAGGAUAUGAUGGACCUAUUGUAAAAUAGUACUGUUUAAAAUAAAUGAUUACAUUUACAU